GCCAACACGCUUCCUCCCCCGACAACUCUUGGGAUGCGUCCAGGGGCAGCAGAUGCGCGCGCACAUAUCAUCACCAGAAGUGGCCGGCUUUUGGUGUCGCCGAAUCGGAACCUCUGCUUUCGUCUCGCGCCCCCCCGCAGCACAUAAUCUUUGCACGCACCCUCCCGCAGGUGCCUGCCGGUCUCGCGCCGCCUAUUUCAAUCGCCUUCUCUCUCUCUCUCUCUCUCUGCGACUCCCAGCUGUGAAUGCCUCCCCCCCUUUGUUCUAGGGUUUUGUUAAGUCACCCCUUUUCUCCGAUGUCUCUAAUGGCGCUGAGGGAGCAGCUCAACAUGUUGGUGAAUUCCAUGUACAUCGAGGGCUUGUUGGAUCAACAGUUCCAACAGCUUCAGAUGCUGCAAGAUGCGAGUAGUCCUGGUUUCGUUGCUGAGGUGAUCACCUUGUUCUGUGAAGAUGCGGAGAGGAUACUGACCGAGCUGACUAAAUUAGUGGAUCAAGCUGUUGUUGAGUUUCAAAAGGUGGAUGCUUAUGUUCACCAACUUAAAGGAAGCAGCUCAAGUGUGGGUGCUCAAAAUGUGAAAUUGGCUUGUAUUCAGUUCCGACAGUUCUGUGAGGAGAAUAAUAAAGAUGGGUGUCUCAAUGCCUUGAAUGUGGUCAAGCAUCAUUAUUAUCUUCUACGGAACAAAUUUGACACCAUGUUGCAGCUUGAGCAGAGAAUCCAAGCCUACGACAGCAAACAGCAAAAUUAGAGGAAAAAGAGAAGAAAGGGGUCGCGGACUAUGCUGAACCAUCUCGCCUCUUUCACGGUCAAGUUAUCGGUUGUUUAUAGACUACUACUUGACUCCAGACAUUGUGUUUGAACAUAUAUUUCCAUCAAGUUGAAUCAAAUGUCCUGUAUGUCACUUGGAAACCAUUGGUUUGAACUUAUAUUUCGAAAACAGCUGAUGCUAUGGCCAGAGUGCUGUUCUCAGCAGAUGUAUAUUAUAAAUGGUGGAUCUGUUGCUUUAGCUUCA